AAAUUUCCAACUGGUCGUUCGCGCGAAAUUUCAAAAAGCUUUCGUCCGGCUGUGGGGACGUUUCACCGGAUUCUUGUUUUUAAAAAGAGGAGACUGAAAACCGGGAAAGAUUUUUAAUUCAUGCUUUCGAGCAAAUAUUUAAGGGGGAAGGUGAAACGUCAGUAUAUAGAUAAAUUCCCGGAUUUCGGGCGGAAAGGCUCCGCGCGCCGGAGUUUUACCGGGAUUUAAAAUGUCGGUGGCCGUGCAGCUGCCCGGUUACUCGCCCAGCUUUAAGAAGCCGUCGGAGACGCUGAGGCUGAGGAAGAAGCGGGCCCGCAGCUCUCCGCGGCUCGGCCUCCCCUCGGAGCCACCGUCGCCCGCUGGCAAAGGGGAGCCGAGCCCCCGCGGCAAGCGGCAGAGGAGGGCGAGGAACCCGUUCGCCAACAUCGGUAACACCGAGUGCCGGCCGGGGGCUGGAACCGGGAUCGGGACCGGCUGGCCUGAGGAGUCCGACAACCCGCUACACCGCUCACUCUCCGCCCGGGAGUGGAGAGCCGCCGCCACCGACAGAACCGAACCGGGGAGUAAACAGGAUGCUCAGGUGUCCCCUAUAAAACAUGAAGAUUCUGUGUGGGAAGGUGAAGAAUUAAUUUCUCAACAGUCAACUCCUGAACUAAUUAAGAACUUGCAAAGUUCCAAUGCAUUUUCUGAACACACAUCUUUGCCUAAAGAGUUUCCUGCAGAUUGGAGUGUCAAGACGUGGGUACUUUUCAAAUCUCCUCAUCCUUUUACUUGGACAGGUCAUCUCAAAGCAUCAGAGGAAGCCAAAGGGUUAAUACAGCACUGUCGUUCCUCAGUGAUUGAUUUCCCUCUGCAUAUAGAGGACCCAAGGUCAUGCACAGAUUUACGCUGUGCAUUCCAGCAGAGUCUUGUGUACUGGCUUCACCCCUCACUGCCAUGGCUAUCACUUUUUCCUCGAAUAGGAGCAGAGCGGAAAAUGGCAGGCAAGAACAGUCCAUGGUCACAAGAUGAGGAACUCCAACAAGUGCUGAUGAGUGAAUGGUCGCUCAGCUUUAGUUCAUUAUACAAUUUACUACGAGCCAAACUUUGCCCCUAUUUCUACUUCUGCACCUAUCAAUUUACAGUGCUGUUCCGGGCACCAGGAGUUGCAGGAAGUGGUGUGCUUACAGCUGUUAUUUCACCUACAACAAGAGGUCUCAGAGAAGCUAUGAAAAAUGAAGGAAUCAUAUUUUCUUUGCCCUUACUGGAAGAUGAUAAAAAUGGGAAAAAAGAAAAAAGUGAAAUUACAGAUGUGGGAAAAGACACUCUAGGUCCUGAAACACAGGAAGAAAACUCCGAUGUUCUCAAAGAACCAGCUGGUAGUAGUGAUGAUGAUGAUGAUGGAGGGAUGUCCUGGCUGAAAGAGAUGGGAGUGCAGGACAAAAUUAAGAAGCCUGAUUCUGUAUCCAUUAAACUUCGUAAGGAACACAAUGUUGUGCGAAUGGACCAUAAGCCCGAAUCAGCUGUACUGGUGAAAGGCCUUCAUACUUUCACUUUGUUAAACUUCCUGAUAAACAAUAAGAGUAUUGUAGCUGGAUCUGGGCCCCAAGCAGGGCUUCCACCAACUCUCUUGGCACCUGUUGCAUUCAGAGGAGCCACCAUGCAAACAUUAAAGGCCCGAAGCAUUAAUGUAAGGACACAAAAUCACUCUGGAAUGAUGGACUCCCACAGCCUUGAGAUCACUGGUCCCAUCAUGCCUCACUCACUGCAUUCUUUGACACUGAUGUUGAAGUCGGCACAGAAAGGAAGAUUCACAGCCAGCCUUCUUGCACAUGAACCAACUUCGGUUUUUAAUGUUGCUCUUAAAAUGGAGCAACGUGAAAACAAGGAGCUAUCUUCAGAUGAAUUACGCAAUAGCGGUCUACAUCCUGAAACACUGAAUCAACUCAUGCAGAAGCCAACAUUUGGAAAAUCCUCUUUGAAGCAUCUAGAAAUGAAUGAGUACAAAUAUACCUGGAAACUGUAAACUGUGCUAGCAAUUUUAAUGGUAGCUGUGAUUGUUCUUUCACUAGAUGCUUUUAUUCUCCAUGUCAAGCAGCAUACAAUUGCAAGGCAUAAGUACAAAUGAGUUUUAGGUGUGAAAGCUGACUAAAGCAAUGAGGGAUCAACAAACAGUGACCAUAUCCUUGGCCUGCUCUUAAUGUAGUAUUGUACAUUUAAAUUGGCUACAUUAUGAUAUUGUUUAUUUUAAUGCAUUUAAUAAAUGCAUUUCAUAUUUUUAAUAUUGGUAAUCUCACACAGAUAUUUGAAAUGCCACCUGUGAUUUUAACUGGAAAGGCAGCAAAUGAGAUCUGUGCCCUUUGGAAAAGGUGUGGCAUUAUUAAGUAGUGGCAUUAUUAAGUAGUUUGACAACUGCUGUCUUUAAGAGGCAGAGUGGUUGUUUAACAAAA